AUGAUGGUGGAUGAGGUGACUGUGCCUAUCCUGACGGCUUGUGGACGGUUGGUGAGAAAGUUGUGGAUCCAGCGGGUGAGAGCGGUGAUGGGCUCCACUGUGCUUUUACAAUGCUUUUUAUCUAAAAAGAUAGAAAACGAUCAUGUGUUUUGGUACAAACAAAGUGUUGGACACAUUCCACGCAUUGUUGGAUCAAGUCAAAGCUAUUAUGCUCCCCUUCUCUAUGAUGAGUUCAAUUCUACCCGAUUCAGUAUAGUCAAAGGUGCUGGAUCAUUUCAUCUGUCCAUUUCAAAUACUCAGUUAUCUGACGAGGCCUCCUACUUCUGUGAAAUGAGUGAUCAAGGUACCAACAUAGCAACAGUGAUCCAAGACCCAGUCUCAGGCCCGGUUUCCCCAGGAGGCUCAGAGACACUGGAGUGUGUGGUGCUGACUGAGAGCAGAACAGAAGAGCUCAGUGUGUUCUGGUUCCGACCUGCUUCAGGAGCUUCCCAUCCAGGCCUCAUUUACAUCAACAAGAGCAGCAGUGGUCAGUGUGAGGGCCGCUGUGUCUACACUCUCUCAAAGAAGGACGUCGACAUCACUGAUGCUGGAACUUACUACUGUGCCAUAGCUACCAGUGGACACAUACUCUUUGGAAAUGGAACAAGUCUCGCAAUCAGUAAGUUCUUUAUUUAA